AUGGCUCUUUUAUCACUCGGGUGGCUAAUCACAAUUCCUGCAGGGCUAGGACUCUACAUGACACGAGCGUUAGCAGAAAACGGCGCAAAGAAAGUUUACAUACUCGGCAGAAGAAGAAAGGUGCUGGAUGAUGCUGCAAAAGAAAUUGGCUGUGAUAACGUUGUACCAAUCCAAUGCGAUGUGACCGACCGCCAAAGCCUCAAGGACGCAGUGGCGAUGAUUGAAAAAGAUGUCGGGUAUAUAAACCUGCUCGUUGCCAACUCAGGUAUUGCCGGACCUUCCGGAAACGUGCCCCCGGGCGCCUCGAUUGCGCAAGUUCAAAACGCUCUCUUGGAGAUCCCAAUGGAGGAGUUCACUAACACGUAUCACGUCAAUUGCACUGCUGUAUUUUACACGGCGAUAUCAUUCCUGGGACUCUUGGACAAAGGCAAUCGGUCCAAUUAUCAGGGUGGAAGGAGCCAGGUCAUUGCAACCAGCAGUAUUGGCAGCUUCAACAGGAAGAUCACUGCUGGAUUCGCAUACGGCACUAGUAAGGCGGCAACGACGAUGAUGUUGAAGGUUCUGGCGACGUAUCUAGUGCCGUACAGGAUCCGAGCCAAUGUACUAUGCCCAGGAUUGUUCCCGACUGACCUCACGACGAGCUUGAUUCACGGCACAGAUCCGACGACCGAGGGAGCUUUUCCCUUGGAUCAAAUACCUGCUGAGAGAGCAGGCCUCCCGGAAGAUAUCAUGGGACCACUACUGUAUUUAGCUUCACGAGCCGGCGCAUACUGCAAUGGUAACUGCGUCUUGACGGAUGGUGGCCGGCUCAGUGUUACUCCGGCUACGUACUAA